UAGGAACGGGUUUACACAGUUGAGUGUUUCCGGCCGGCGUCAAAGGGAAUGGGGUGCCGUCCUCUUCCUCUUUCGGUCGCCGUUGCGGAGCAGAGUCUAGCAGAUCUGAUCCGGGAUCGCGGGUACACGACGGGCUGGGUCUAUGGUCGCUCCGCGGGCCGCUCCGCCGGCUGGUGCUUUUUUAUCGGGGCGAGCUGUGUUCCAUGGCAGGGAACUUCUGGCAGAGCUCCCAUUAUUAUUCAAGCAUUAGGUGAACAUCUUAAAUUAAGACAACAAGUUAUUGCCACUGCUACAGUUUAUUUCAAGAGAUUCUAUGCCAGGUAUUCUCUGAAAAGUAUAGAUCCUGUAUUAAUGGCUCCUACAUGUGUAUUUUUGGCAUCCAAAGUAGAGGAAUUUGGAGUAGUCUCAAAUACAAGAUUGAUUUCUGCUGCUACAUCUGUAUUAAAAACUAGAUUUUCAUAUGCCUUUCCAAAGGAAUUUCCUUAUAGGAUGAAUCAUAUACUAGAAUGUGAAUUUUAUCUCUUAGAACUAAUGGAUUGUUGCUUGAUAGUGUAUCAUCCUUAUAGACCUUUGCUCCAGUAUGUGCAGGACAUGGGCCAAGAAGACAUGUUGCUUCCCCUUGCAUGGAGGAUAGUGAAUGAUACCUACCGAACGGAUCUUUGCCUACUGUAUCCUCCUUUCAUGAUAGCUUUAGCUUGCCUACACGUAGCCUGUGUUGUACAGCAGAAAGAUGCCAGACAGUGGUUUGCUGAGCUUUCUGUGGAUAUGGAGAAGAUUUUGGAAAUUAUCAGGGUUAUUUUAAAACUAUAUGAGCAGUGGAAGAAUUUUGAUGAGAGAAAAGAGAUGGCAACUAUUCUUAGUAAGAUGCCAAAACCAAAACCACCUCCAAACAGUGAAGGAGAGCAGGGUCCAAAUGGAAAUCAGAACUCUAGCUACAGCCAAUCUUAAAACAUUCCGAAGAAGUUUAUAGUGGACCACUUGGAAAUAAACCAUUGGACAGAUUUCAGUAAUGUCUUCAGUGGAACACAAAUGACAAUGAAUAGCUUGUUUCUGUCAAGCAUAUUGGGAUUUUAUUUUUGCAAAAUAACUUUUUCUUUACCUAAAAUGAUUCUAGUACAUAAUUGAUUAAAAUUUCUUGAUUAUAAAAGCUUGGAAGGGUUCUAAGGAGACCUACAGACAGACAGACAUAGACAUUCCAAAGUUAAUAGUUUCUAAUUAUUGUAUUUAUUGAUUUGGAUAAUGAAAAUUUUUAGUUUUUUAUUAAGUCAGGAAACAUGAAACAUAAUUUGUUUAAAAUUCUCUUUCGUCAUUGAGGGACCAAAAAAGGACAUAAACAGUCAUUAAAUGAGGGUUUUGUUUUUUUAUUCCCUCCGUAAGUAAUUUUAAGAACUAUGUAAGUAAUCAAAUCUUACAAAAUCCUGGAAGAUUUUGGUAAUGAUUCUGAUAAUUUCAGGGAAAUUAAUCUAAAGUACCUAUUGAUUUUAAAAUGUAUUUUAUUCUGUAGUUUUGGUAUCUUGCCACAGAAGAUUCUAGCCCAGUCCUAGUAGAAAAGUGCAAUAUGUAUAGCAUACUUUGACAUUUUAAAACUUGUAUUAAUGCCACAAUCAUUUUGAAAUGCUGGGCAAACUUUAAAAAAUAAAUUCUAUAUAAGGUUAUUUGUAACUAAUUCAAAGUUACUGGCAUUUUGAAAGUUUCAUUGGAUAAAACACCAUAAAACAGUUGAAAUUUCGGAAAGUUUUUAAUCUACUGUGAAAAGUUUUUUUCUGAGAUACAUACACCCUACUUUAAUUUUGUGUCUUAGUGUGGACUCACAGACUUACUGCAGGUAUCCUGCGCCAGAAACACAAUCAGGUUUCAAGCCAGUUUGAGACUGGCUAUUCUUAAUUCUCAUAUGAGUGUAGAACUUCACACUAAAUGUUGUGUCAGUGGGACUGUGCUGUCUGUGGAACUUAGUAAAUUUAUCAUUUUCUUCAGACUUGAAGGAGAGUGAUAAUACAACUUGGAAUCAUAGGAUGUUAAUGUACAAUUUAAGGAUUCAAUUUUUUAUAAAUCAAUUGUGAAAGUGGAUUAUUAAAUGAUUUUCUAGUAUAAAACUGCAAGAAUAAAAGUAAGUUCUCCAGCUAUAUUGACUAGUGUCUUCAAUUCAUCCUUUUGACUUUACCUUAUGUUGUUUUCUGAGGAUCUUUCUUUAGUUAAGUAUUAUGUUAAACCUUUCUAUACUUUGUCAAGGGAUAAUUUCAAAUGGUUUAUAAAUAGAUGUUAAAGAAAGUCCUUCCUAUGAGAGUAUCAGAGAGCUGGAAAGAAGACAUUAUAAAGUCAGUACCAAAAAUAGUUCUCUUAAGCUUUCAGAAGGGUAAGAAAUAAGAAAACAAAACUCCUCAGGUCUGAGGGAAUUAAUGUUAGGCUUGAGUUGGAUGGGCAGAGUGGUUGUCACAAUCAAUUAUGUAUUUUUUUCUUUAAGCUUAUCUAUAUUUUUAAGUUAAUUUUUAAAAUUCAUGUGUUAUGUCUCCUAGUUUUGUCUGCAACCUUUUGUGGAAAAUUUAAAACAACAUACAAGAGCAGAGAAAACUGUGGUGAAGUUCCAUGUACCUAUCAUUCAGCAUCCACAGUUAUCAGUUCAUAGCCAGUUUGAUUUCUAAACUUCCACCUACUGUCUCCAGCUUGCAAGUUAUUUUGAAGCAAACCUCAGACAUUGUAUCAUUUCAUCUACAAAUAGAUGAAAAGUAUCUCUUUUAAAAAAUUAUAAAAGUGUUGUGCCUAAAAUUAAUAAAAUUAUCAAGUAGUUCAAGUUUUCAGUUAUCUGGUAAAUAUGAAAAAAAUUUAACUAGCUCUAGUCAAGAUUUAAAUAAGGACUACCAUUUCCAUCCAUUGAUAAAUCCUUCAAUUUUUGUUUUGUUUUUAACUCAUGGAUUCUUCCUCCAUCUUGUUUAAAAAAUUCCCCUUUUUGGGCUGGCAGAGUGGCUCAGUGCUAGAGUGCCUGCCUAACAAGUGCAAGGCCAUAAGUUCAAACUCCAGUACUGUCCCCCUGUCCCAUUCCCCCAAAACAUUCCCCUUGUCUUCUAAGUUUCCCAUGAUCUGAAUUUUGCUGAUUGCAUCCUUGACAUGCCGUUUAACAUGUUCUUUUUCUCCUCUGUAUUUUCUGUAAGUUGAUAAUUAAAUCUAAAAGCUUGACACAUUCAAGUUAGUUUUUUGGGGGUAGACUACUGUAUAAAGUGGUAGUCUUUCAUUAGGAGGCAGAUAGUGGAUGUUUGUUUCUUCCUGUGAUUUGUCAGCUAUUACUGAUAUAUAUUGUUUUUUUUAAGUGAUCAGUUAAUACAGUCUACACUGUCCACUGUGGAUUAGCCACUACCAUUUGUGGCUAGUCUGAAUUGAGGUAAGCUCUAAAUGUAAAAGUACUCAUUUGGUACAAAAGAAUGUAAAUCUGAAUAUAUGUUUAUAAAAAUUACAUGUUUUAAAUAAUAUUUUUGGGUACAUAGGAUUAAAUAAAACAUUCAAAUUAAUUUUCCUGUUUCUUUUUUUUUAAUUUAAAAACAUAGCUUGCAUUGGACAGUGCUACUAUAUCAUAAGGAAACUAUUAGACACCUGUCCCAUUCCACCUACCUCAUUCCAUUCCCCACUCAUUCUUUUAACUUAGUCAUUUCUCCGACAUUUGUUUCCACAUUUCCAAACUUUUAACCUCAGCAUUUAUUUAAGCAUUUGCUCUGUGCUAAGUAUGUUUGUUGUAUGCUCUCUGCAUUUAUUACGUCAGUUCUCAGAGCAUUCUUAUUUUAGAGAUGAAGAAAUUCAGAAACAGAAAGGUUAAGCACAACUUAUUCAAUCACAGAUGAAGUAAGUGACAGAACCUAGAUUAAAUUCUAAUUCUUAAAACCUGGGCAUCUGAGCUCCAAAUACUUUUUACCAUGUUGCCUCCUCUGCUUACCUUCUCCCUUUCUGAUUUUUUUCAGUUGUAAUACUACCUACAAUGGAAGAUGAUGAUUUUGCUUUCUCAUGCGUUUCCCCUAUUCUUCCCCUUCUUCACCCUGGCCCUACACUGGGACUUCUAUCAUUUAAUUAUACAACUUUUUAAAAUUUGUAUUCGGUGUA